UUACUUUCCCUGAAAAGGCUCCCGGGAACUGGCAAUCACUUCGGCCGCAGUCGGACCCGAGCCGCCAGCGAACCUCCUCCCGCGGAAGGGAACCAUCACAUUGGAAACCUUUCUGCCAGCCCAGUCAUUCAUUCCGCUGUCCUUGUAAACUCCACUAUCUGAGACCUGACACCUUCGCCAUGCUGCUAUCAGUGGCCCUGUUGCUGAUUCUGACACUGGCCCUCCUCUACAGGAUGGCGUUGAAACCAAGGGGAUUCCCACCAGGACCUGCACGACUUCCGUUCUUGGGGUUCCUGCCGUACAUGGAGCGCCAUCUCGUGCACAAGCAGCUGUGGCGCUUGUCGGAUACCUACGGGCCCGUCGUGGGUCUUUACUUCGGCAUGAAACCUUUCGUGAUAGUCAACGGCUGGGACGCCGUGAAGGAGUCUCUUGCCAAUGACGACCUGAACGGACGGCCUGAGUUGCCUCUCCGGAAGAUAGGGAUGGGCGGAGAAAUGCUAGGCGUGAUGUUCGUGGAGGGUGAAUUCUGGAAAGAACAGCGUCGCUUUUCCCUUCAUCACUUCCGGAACUUGGGCUUCGGGAAACGCUCCCACGAGAGCGUCAUCCACGAGGAGGCCAGGGAGCUCAUCGACGAGGUCCUGGACGCCGACGGCAGCGUCAAACUACAGGGAUUGCUCGGUGUAUCUUCCAUCAACAUCCUGUGGGCGGUGAUGGGCGGCGUGCGGUUCCCGAGGAAGGACCCGCAGCUCAUGCACCUCGUGGACAGCCUCAACAAACUCUUCAGAGCAGGAGAUGUGAGCGGGGGCCUGGUGAACGCUUUUCCAUUUCUGCGACACUUCGUUUCGGAAGACCACAGAGAAAACAUCGUCCAAAGAGGUUUCGAUCUCGUCGAAAGCUUCAUUCAGAGAGCCGUGAAUGAUCACAAGGCAGACCUGGACGUCGAUAACCCAAGAGAUUUUAUUGACAUCUAUCUCAAAGAAAUUCGCAAUAAUAGCAAUAAUCCUGACACCUCUUUCACAGAGAAACAGCUAAUCGCAGCAUGCACGGAUGUGUUUAGCGCUGGAGCUGAAACUGGCUCAGCAACUGUAGCCUUUUCCGUCAUGUUGAUGUGUCUCUUCCCGGAAGUUAGGAGAAAAGUGCAAAAGGAAAUUGACUCAGUAGUUGGACAAAACCGUUUUCCCAGCAUGGCAGACCGAAUGAAUUUACCUUAUUUGGAGGCAACAAUGGCAGAAAUUUUCCGGUUCCGCGGAGCAGCACCGCUCACCGUCCCGCACAAAGCUCUUCGAGACACCAUUUUGCAG